AUGCUUCGCUUCCAGGGAUUCAGCCUUGUGUCGAGGGUGGCCGCCCUGGCGACCAGCCGGUCACUGGGGAUUGCUUCGCUCCAGCAGCCCCAGACCGGGGUGGACCCCUCGCCCCGCCUGAUGGCGCCCGUCCGCUUUUUCCGCCGGGGCUUCUACGAUGACGAUGAUGAUGACGAUUUUAGUGAUGAUGACUAUGGGCGGGGUGGCCGGCGGGGUGGUGCCAGCGAGGACUUCAUCGACGCGAAGGACCUGAGGGCGGCCGCGCGGCGUGAGCAGCAGCAACGCGACGAGCUUCGCCGGCAGCUCCUCGGUUUGGGAAGCCCUCGCGGCACUCGGCCGGGCGACCCGCCGCCCGGCGCCCGCGGCGGUACUCGCCCGGGGGACUCGCCGUCCGGCGCCCGCGGCGGCACCCGCCCGGGGGACUCUUCGCCCGGCGCCCGCGGCGGCACCCGCCCGGGUGACUCUUCGCCCGGCGCCCGCGGCGGUACUCGCCCGGGUGAUUCGUCCGCCGGCGCCGACUCCGCCAAAAGCUCCAAGCCCACCGGCGUCCGGGCGGCCACCCUGCAGCAGCUCCGCCAGCAGGAUCAACUGAUCCCGGAAGCCAAGGUGUAUCAGGUGCCGGAUGCCCUGUUGCGCAAGCCGUCAAAGGCCGGCAUGGACCCGGCGUCCAUUCGCCGGGCGCUGGCCGAGCAAAUUGCCGAGAGCGCGGCGGCCGCGGCGGCCGCGGCGGCUGAAGAUUCCGCGACGGCGGCCGCGGCCGCCAGCGCCGACACCAAGCGCCGGAAGAAGCCCACCGAGGCGGAGCCCGUUCGCGGCCGGGGUCUCGGCAAGUUCCUCGAAGCCCGCAAGAAGGAGCUCGAGCUCAGUGAGACCAUCUUCCGCGGGGAGGUGACCCCCGAGCAGGCGGCCAUCCUGGCCCGGCGCGCGGAGCGCGACGAGGAGCGUCGCAACGCCCCGGUCAUUCGCGACUACCAAGCCCUCCAUGCCUAUGAGGAGGAGAUGGUCAAGCGCGUGGAGAAGGAGACGUUCAACACGAUCCCGCUUUCCAUGCGUACUUUCUAUCGCGAUGAUCGCAUCCGCUUCAAUCCGGUGAUCCUCAUCGGGCCGGAUGGCACAAACCUCGGCGAGGUGGACACCCCCCGGGCGUUGUCCUUCUGCCGGCGCAUCAAGGCGCACCUGGUGCUGGUGUCCACGUCGGAGACCGGCGCCCGGCCGCCGAUUGCUCGCAUGUUCAUGCAGGACAAGGUGGACUUCAGCUCGACCGCCAGUAUCCAAAACGCCAAGAGCCGCGCGCGCAAGGCCGAGGCCGUCAUCAAGAAGACCCUCAAGACCAAGGAGAUCCGCUUCAGCGUGACCAUCAGCAAGUCCGACGCCAAGUACCGCAUCGAGCAGGCCCGGAAGUUCGUGGAGAAGGGCCACCCGGUGCAGUUUGUCUUGGAGUACAGCAAUCACCUCCGUGGCGUCAUGCCUCGUGACCUGUAUGCCUUCGCCAACUUCCUGGCCGAGGAGUUCAUGGACAUCGCCCGCGAGGAGCGCGGCGUCCGCAUCGACAACAACCUGGUCACCUUCCAGAUUGUGAAGAAGCCCGCGCAGAAGACCUCCCGCGCGCUGGUGCCCCUGUCCCUGCAGCAUCUGUUCAGCCCGCCGGAGUGGGUGCCCGGCAUGCCGCCGAUCCCGGCCGAGCCGGCCCGCAUGGUCGAGGUCCAGGAGUCCGACCCGUACUCCUUCUACUAUUUGCACGAGGGCCCCAUCCAGCCUGGGACCCUGCCGCUGCUGUCGCUCGACAGCAAGCUCUACCGCCUGCUCCAGCGCCCGGACCCGCUGGCCGUCAUCAUCAGCCCGCGGGAGAUGCUGAAUGACGCGGUGCGCGAGCGUGUCAUCAACAUGAUCAAGACUUCGAGCGCCCCGGCCGAGUGGCACCCGGGUUCGUACUUCCCGCUGCCGGUGCGCAUUGGCUACCAGUCGGUGGGCGGCAUUGUGCGCAAGGUGGAUGACAAGCGCCGGGGCCGGGCCUAA